AUGGCCUUAAAGCCGCAUACCCAGUACAGCAAAAAAGUGUACCUGGAAACCCUGCAAAAAGUGGCGAAAAACCCGGAGGAAUACCUGGAAGAUGAGAGCCUGGGAGCUAUUGCUAAUGCAUUAGUGGAAGAAGCUAAAGAACCCAUCGCUAUGCGUGAAAAGCACCUGGAUUUCAAGAUAUACGGAGAAGAGCAUAUUGAGCAGGGUGCCAUGCACCAGAUGUAUACCGCCAUGAAACUACCGGUAGCGGAUUCCGGGGCUUUGAUGCCGGACGCCCACCAGGGUUAUGGUUUACCGAUCGGGGGUGUACUGGCUACCAAAAACUCCGUGAUUCCGUAUGGAGUGGGGGUGGACAUUGGCUGCCGUAUGUGCUUAUCCAUUUACGAUAUGCCGAAAGAGCGCUUACAAACCGAUAAAGAAGUUUUGAAGAAAAUGCUGAGUAACAAUACGCGUUUCGGCAGCGCUUCUUUUCAGCGCAGUAUGGACCAUGAGAUCUUUGAGCGUGAUGAGUUCAGGGAACUGGAAGUGGUGAAAAACCUGAAAGACCGUGCCUGGCGGCAGAUCGGUUCCUCCGGUGGGGGUAACCACUUUGUAGAGUUCGGGGUGGUACGUAUCACCGAAGAAGAGAACGAGUUCAAUCUUCCGCCUGGUAGUUAUAUGGGUUUGUUGUCCCAUUCCGGUUCACGGGGGCUGGGUGCUAACAUUGCCCGCCAUUACACCAACCUGGCUAUGGCCACCACCAAAUUGCCGCAGGAAGCACGUCACCUGGCCUGGCUGGAUAUGGAUACCGAUGCCGGUAAGGAAUACUGGGCGGCCAUGAAUUUGGCCGGUGAUUACGCUUCGGCCUGUCACCACCAGAUCCACGAACGUAUGGCGAUAGGUUUGCACACCACACCACUUACCAGGGUGGAGAACCACCAUAACUUUGCCUGGAAGGAAAAGAACGUCCAGGGCGAAGAGGUAAUUGUACACCGUAAAGGCGCCACACCGGCCGGUGAAGGGGUGCUGGGGAUCAUUCCCGGUUCCAUGACGGCUCCGGGUUAUAUUGUGCGGGGGCGUGGUAUUGCCCAUUCCAUUAACUCCGCUUCGCACGGGGCGGGGCGGGUGAUGAGCCGUACCCAGGCUAAGAAAACCCUGGAUGAAACUGGGGUGAGCCGCCACCUGAAGGAUCAUGGGGUGGAAGUAUUGGGCUCUGGCCUGGACGAGGCACCCAUGGCCUAUAAGGACAUCAACACGGUGAUGAACAGCCAGCGGGAGCUGGUGGAGAUCCUCGGAUCUUUUACGCCUAAAAUUGUGCGGAUGUGCGGGGAUAAGCGGUUUAAGGAGGUGGACUAA